GCAAACCACUUCCUUCGUUCGGCUCUUCCUCACGUCAAGGCCCGCUUUCCCCACCCUCUCGGAGUCUCGCGGCGUCGGGCAAGCAAGGCGAUCCGAUGCCGGGGAGCGCCAUCAGCGGAGGCGCGGCAAGGGCGGCCGCGGUCGCGUGGUGGCUGCAGCGCCACCAGCGACUGCCUCCGCCGGCGGACCUCCUGCCACGCAGCCUCCUUGACCGCGCGGUGGAGCUCGCGAGCAAGACCGCCGCCGCCGCCGCCCCGGAUCUGGACCCGGACCUGCCCUGCUCCCUCGGCUCGUCCUCCCUUCCCGACCUCUGCGACGGCUUGGUUGGUAAUUAGUGCGUACGGAUCUGGCAGGAGGGCGGCGGAUUCGUUGUGCGAUUCCGCGAUGUUCUCAGAUUGGAUAGCUAGGGCUAGACUACCCUAAAUGUUGUUCUAUGUCAACAACGAUCCCUGGUUAUGCUUGAUCUUCAUCCUGUUGUGAAACUCAUGUCUAUUCACCGAGUUAAUUGAGGAUCCUUUGUUUUGGUAAA